CCUGAGAUCGUCACCAUGGGGGAGAAUGAUCCGCCGGCAGCCGAGGCACCCUUCUCCUUCCGGUCACUGUUCGGCCUGGAUGAUUUGAAAAUCAGCCCUGUCGCACCAGGCCCAGAUGCAGACGCAGUGGCCGCACAGAUCCUGUCGCUGCUGCCCCUGAAGUUCUUUCCAAUUGUGGUUGUGGGGAUCAUCGCGCUGAUCCUGGCACUGGCCAUCGGGCUGGGAGUCCACUUUGACUGCUCUGGGAAAUACAGAUGUCGUUCGUCUUUUAAGUGUAUUGAGCUGGCAGCGCGCUGUGACGGGGUGUCUGACUGCAGAGAAGGGGAAGACGAGUUCCGGUGUGUGCGCAUGAGCGGCCACAGCGCGGUGCUUCAGGUGUUCGUGGCUGCAGCCUGGAGGACCCUGUGCACGGACGACUGGAAGGGGUCCUAUGCCAGCGUGGCCUGUGCUCAGCUGGGCUUCCCCAGCCAUGUCGGCUCCGGUGACCUCAGAGUGGACCAGCUGGAGCCGCAGUUCCAGGGGGCCUUCGUGUCCAUCAACCACCUCCUGCCGGACGCCAAGGUGACCGCGCUGCACCACGCUGUGUACGUGAGGGAGGGAUGCGCCUCAGGCCAUGUGGUCACGCUGAAGUGCACGGCCUGCGGGCUGAGGACGGGCUACAGCCCGCGCAUCGUGGGAGGGAAUGCGUCUGCGCCGGCGCAGUGGCCCUGGCAGGUCAGCCUGCAGUUCCAGGGCCACCACCUGUGCGGGGGCUCGGUCAUCACGCCCCGGUGGAUCGUCACCGCCGCGCAUUGUGUUUACGACCUGUACCUCCCCAAGUCCUGGACCAUCCAAGCGGGCCUGGUUUCCCUGCUGGACAGCCCAGCACCCUCCCACCUGGUGGAGAAAAUCAUCUACCACAGCAAAUACAAGCCAAAGCGGCUGGGCAACGACAUCGCCCUCAUGAAGCUGGCCGGCCCCCUCACCUUCGACGAGAUGACCCAGCCCAUCUGCCUGCCCAACUCGGAGGAGAACUUUCCUGAUGGCAAAAUGUGCUGGACAUCGGGAUGGGGGGCCACAGAGGACGGAGGUGAUGCGUCCCCCGUCCUGAACCACGCAGCUGUCCCGCUCCUCUCCAACAAGAUCUGCAACCACAGGGACGUGUACGGGGGCAUCAUCUCCCCGUCCAUGCUGUGUGCGGGCUACCUGAAGGGCGGCGUGGACAGCUGCCAGGGAGACAGCGGCGGGCCCCUGGUGUGCCAGGAGAGCCGGCUGUGGAAGCUGGUGGGUACCACGAGCUUCGGCAUUGGCUGUGCAGAUGUAAACAAGCCCGGGGUCUACACCCGCGUCACCUCCUUCCUGGACUGGAUCCACGAGCAGAUGGAGAGGGACCUGAGGACUUGAAGAGGUGGGGAGUUGCUACCUGAGCCCGAUGCCUGCAUGGACUGGAGCUGGGCAGGGUGACCACGCUGUCGGGGAGCUGCCGGCCGGACCCCGCCGCCCAGCCGGGGGCUUUGGGCUGAGAUGACCUUGAAGCCCCUUCCUGACUUUCACCAAGACUGAAGUGGAACGUCUCCACGUGCUGCCUUCCCCACAUGUUUUUUGCUUUGCUAAAAGCUAAUUUCCCGGGUCCCUGUUUGGGACAUCGAGCCGUGACGUCUGUCGGGAACACGGUACAUGUGUGUGCCAUGUUGGAUCCCCUCCGGGCCCCCUGCCCUCCCUCCCAUUCACUUUAUCUGCAGGGGUCACGCGAGGCCCCCAACCAGGCAAGCAGAUCGGGCACAGCCGCUAGGCCGAGAUGCACCGGCCCUGAACUGUGGGCCCUGGACCAGCCCAGGCCUCCUUCCAAGGCCCUCUUCGUGGCGGGUUCUUGGUCUGCGGCGGAUGCAUGCUGAGGCUGUUUGCUUCCUGCAGCAUCUUGUGCUCGGUGUAUCACUGGCCUGUUUCCAAAGAGCAGCCCGUUCUCGGGGGCUCCGGACUCGGGGAACGGCUGCUGCUCAUGCCCUCCGGAGGCCUCCAUGACUGCGCCUCCCGCCCUCACCGGGGGGUGGGGGGGUGACACACUCUGCUGGAGCAGGUUUCUCCGCCCAGAGGAAUGACCUCCUGUCCUGCCCCAAGACCACCGGUGGGCAGGAGUGGAACAGGACCCCCGGGCCUCCCGCCUGGUACCAAAGCAAGUAGGGUAGCAGGUCAGAGCCCAUCCAGGCCACGGGCCGCCCCACUCUGCGUGUGCUCAUCAAUCCACCGCGCACCUGAAGGGCAGCGCCACACCACAGCUGCCUGCUGUCCCCAAGUCACACGAUAACAGAGGACAGAGGAGGGAACCCGGAGGUGGCUUGGCACUUGGCACCGAUUAAAUCAUCAGGACACAAAUUGAUUGGACGGAACCGGCGGGCUUCGGGA